GCACACCGUCGUGCCUCGUCUGCUGAGAAAAUGACUAGCCGUCUACUUCUUCCCCGUGCUCAUCUCCCCCUUCUGUCCUCGUCCUAGAGCCUUGCCCAAGCUCCAACCUUAUCUCGUGCUGCCCGUACUCCACUUCCAGUGUGACUAGUGCAGGAUAUGUCGGACAGAAGGUGCGGUGCAGGCCUCCAGCUCCCCAAGUAUGCCCUCCUAGGAUGUUGCUCGCUACUGUCCAGGUCGGUCGGUCUUACCCGAUUCGAAUCCGUUUGGUUCUGUUCUGGUCAGACUUUUCGACUCUUGUCGGGUCCAUCUAGAUCGGGUUGAGUCAGCAACCCAGCCCUUACCCAUCCCUGGUGGGCAUGGGUCGGCCCACAUCUCUCUUGGCCCACCAGGCUGAAUUCAUCCCCAUAUCUAGUUCGGCCCGACUCCAAUUGAACCGGUCCACUUCCUCAUUGGUUCGCGAAUACCGACCCGCCCUCAUAUCUGUGGGCCUUGGCCUUGCCGCGACUUGCCAUCACUCCCGGGCCCGAGGGAUUUGGAAUUAUUCCCAGCCCACCUCCCUAUUGGCUCACGCUAUCGCCCGCACGGUUAGGGUUUCUCGAACCGUGAUCUCACCGCUCAGUGCAUUCCCUGUCGAAAUCACCGCUGCCUCCCAACUUCAAUCCACCUCCUCCUCCUGUCGAGCCUAUUCGGCCGUCGCCUCGGCUUCCACGUUGGACGUGACUGCCCGCACCAGCUCGACCGCAAGUCGCCUCGCCUCUGCCUUAGUGGCCCACGCAUCCCGGUCUCCCCCUGUCUCGUGUCGCGCCCUGCCUCUAUUCCGGCAAGAUCUGGCAGGAAGCGUGCCUGCCUCUCCGCCAUCUUCAAGAUGGCCUGCUCCAUUCGUCCAGCUUUCUCCAUCAAGAUGGUAUGGAGUUAGCGGAGAUCGACCGCCGUUUGCUCGACGGUCAUUGUCAGUCGUGCUCCCGUCGAUUUCAGCUCCUCGACGGUCUCUGUUUGCUGAUGUGCUAUGUCCUUCAAGUUUUGAAGCAUCUACUCGUGUUUUGUGCGAUCUUUGACAAAGCACGCCAAACCGAACUCUGAUACCAUUGAAGGAACUAAAGAUCUAGGCACAUA